AUGCUCGCUUCACCACCUUUUGAGCAAAAAGGCUGUCGACUGCUGCUGAGUGAAAUAGCCAAGUCCCAAGGAGAACCCAUAGACCUGUUCGACCUCAUUCUCUCCAGUGCUUUGAGCAACAUCGAGAUGUUCGUGCUUGGCUACCGGUACCCAUUUGGACACCCAGAACAGAAGCGUCUCUGCAGUGCACUACGGGUUGAAUUCAUGACUAAUCGAGCCGGGAGCGUGGUGCUAUCUUUUCCGUCUCUAGCCAGGACGUUAUCCUGGUACCUGCCGUCCUCUCGUAUGGCCAGAGUCAUGAGAACCAUGAGGUCAAUUGAGGAAUUCGCAAGCACCCACCUGGGCCGUCACAUGGCAACUUUAGAUGACAAGGAAGAUCGUGACUUCAUUGACGCCUACUUAAGAAAAUGCAAGAAACACGAUCAAGCGGCUGAUUUAACGCACAGUUAUUUCAACCCAUGCAAGAGCAAGAGUCCUGGUGAUUUCUGCUGCAUCACCACAAUGAGCAUUCCGGGACUGCAACCGCCACCGCCUUUCCUGCCUUCGCCUGGUCAUCCGGCUGUCCCAUGGGACCAGUGGAAGCAGGCCUUUCAGACGUACAUGGUGGCUUCUGGAGCUUCAGAGCUUCCAGCCGAACGCCGACAAGCUAUCCUGCUCACAUGUCUUGGUAUGGAGGGGCAGCGGAUCUUCUCUACACUGAAGCCAGCGGACUUGCUGUCUGGCUCUGCUUCCGCUGCUAGUCCUUAG